AAAAGCAGGAAAAGGCCGGUUUAUCUUACCGUCUAAAAGCCAAUUGUUACUCUCUGGAGUAAACAAAACAAGUUUUGUAAAUGUUCAGAUGCUCUCAUUUUCUUUCAACCCUUACACUUGGGACGCCACAAAGGAGCGAGUUGGCACUGAUGUUGUAACCCUGCACUUGAAAAACAACGACAGCGAGCUUAUUAAAGUAUCAAAUCUUACGGAAGACAUUGUUAUCGUUACGCCUUUAAAACUUCAGAAAAUCUCUGCUUCAGAAAAGUCAUGGUAUUUCACAAAGAACGAUGAUCUACGUUUCCACGAGGUAAACGUCAAGUAUGAAAACACCCUGUUGAUGCUGGAUAUCAAACCUCAAGAUCCAACCGUACAUCUGUUUGUCUAUAUGCGUUUUGGUCAGCGACCGACAACUCAAAACUACGACCUCAAUGCUACUAUCUCUUAUGACAAAAAGUGUGUUUGGAGGAUAAGCGCACAUGACAAAAGUGACGGGCAACCGGUCUGCUCCGUGAAUCCACAUGCGCCGAUACAAGUUCUGGCUGAGCGUCCUGGGAAAUACUUUCUCGGCUUAAAAAAUUACAAUGCCACAGUGAACUUAUCUCACACAAGGGAGAAAAGAUCUUGUCUUGGUGGAAGGCGAAGGAAGCGCUCCUGCGUCGAAGUCAAAGAUCCACCACCUGCCCCGCCCCAGAGUGAAAAUGUCCCUGUGAUGCCAGUUUAUGAUUCCACAACAGACCAGAACUACACUCUGAAGGUGACCUUGGGUAGUUGUGUUUACUGGUCAGAAACGUGUGACAAGUGGAUAUCAUCUGGUUGUCGAGUUUUAGCAGAAUUAGAUGGAUUUUUAAGCUGUAGCUGUAGCCACUUGACAUCAUUUGGGGGAAGUCUUUUAGUGGAACCGAAUCCCAUUGACUUCGACAAAGUCUUAGUCGAGUUUCAGCAGUUAUCAGAAACUGGAAAUAUCGCAGUAAUUGUGGUUAUUGCGGUGAUUUUAUUAUGUUAUGUGACUGUGCUUGUUAUCGUAAGGAAAUUCGACGAGGAAGACGCGAAAAAUGUGAGUGUCGAGCGAGAUUUUGCUUAG